AUUUUUAAUUUAGAUAUGGCAGGAACUGGGGUUGUUGCUGUUUAUGGUAAUGGGGCAAUGACCGAGACCCACACCAAAUCCCCUUUCUCAGUAAAAGUGGGGCUAGCCCAGAUGCUCCGGGGAGGGGUCAUAAUGGAUGUGGUCACCCCCGGACAAGCACGUAUCGCUGAAGAAGCCGGAGCCUGUGCCGUCAUGGCUCUCGAACGAGUCCCCGCUGAUAUCCGAGCCCAAGGUGGCGUCGCUCGAAUGAGUGACCCACAACUCAUCAAGGAAAUUAAGCAAGCUGUUACCAUCCCCGUCAUGGCCAAGGCCCGUAUUGGUCAUUUCGUUGAGGCCCAGAUCCUGGAAGCCAUUGGCAUCGAUUAUGUUGACGAGAGCGAAGUUCUUACCCCCGCCGACGAAGAGAACCAUAUCAACAAACAUAACUUUCGGGUCCCUUUCGUCUGCGGCUGUCGGAAUUUGGGCGAAGCGCUUCGGAGGAUCCGAGAAGGAGCUGCUAUGAUUCGAACCAAAGGGGAAGCUGGGACCGGCAACAUCGUCGAAGCCGUUAGGCACGUGAGAUCCGUGAUGGGAGACAUUAGGGUGCUUAGGAACAUGGAUGAUGAUGAGGUGUUCACCUUCGCCAAGAAAAUCCAGUCUCCCUAUGAUUUGGUAAUGCAGACAAAGCAGCUGGGAAGGUUGCCGGUGGUUCACUUCGCCGCAGGUGGAGUAGCGACGCCGGCUGACGCAGCGCUGAUGAUGCAGUUGGGUUGUGAUGGAGUGUUUGUGGGGUCUGGGGUUUUCAAGAGCGGUGACCCGGCUAGACGUGCCCGGGCUAUUGUUCAGGCCGUCACACAUUACAGUGACCCUGAGGUCCUUGCGGAAGUUAGCUGUGGUCUUGGUGAGGCUAUGGUUGGUAUUAAUUUGAAUGAUAAGAAUGUGGAGAGGUUCGCUGCUCGGUCUGAUUAGUAUAUUUCAAGCUUUUCGGGCUUCU